AUGGAUGGCCUGAAGGGGACUGUGGUCUGUGCAUCACUGGAGGCCUGGCCCACCUUGCAGAUCACUGUGGAGAAUGGCUUUGUGCACAGCCAGGAGAAGGCUGAAUGGCUGGGGAGUGCAGUGGAGGAGUACUUCUUCCACAAUGCUGACUUGGAGCUAGAUGAGGUGAAGGACUUCCUCAGGGAGCUAAUGACAAACGAGUUUAAUACAGUUGUGGGGGGUGGGAGUCUGCCCCAGGUGAGUCAGCAGCUACAGACCAUGUUCCACCACUUCCAGAGGAGUGAUAGGGCUGCUCUGAAGGCGAUGGCCUCUCUCAUCACCCAAAGAAAGUGUAAGGUCAGAGUCAAUGGACUGAAUACAGCCAGAGAGACUGAUGAGGAUGAUGGUGCAAAGAGCAUGAAGGAGGUGGAGAUUGCAGCUAUGAAAGAUGGGGCAGCUAAAGAUGGGAUCUGCCCACAGCCUGAACACUUUGGUCCAGACUCCCAGACUAUUAAGGAAGAGGAUACAGUGGAGGAUGGCCAGACCAGAGAAAGAAAUGAGUGGGGCUGGAAACGGUCCAACAUUAAGACCAUGAGCAUCCUGGCCCAAGACCUGGAUGAGUAG